AUGUUCACCAACCAAGACAACAAACUCAUCUACACCUACGACAACGAAACCCUCCAAAUCGAACCAUGGGGUCCCAACGCCCUCCGCAUCCGCUCAACCCCCCUUUCCGCCUUCUCCCCCGAACCCUGGGCCCUCCUCCCAACUCCCCCAUCCACCCCGGAGCCUACCAUCACCAUCCCCUCGCCUAACACUACCCCAGCAACCCUCACCAACGGCCUCAUCACCGCUUCCCUAACCCCCCUCGGCAAACUCACCAUCUCCCGCACGGGCUCCAACCCAGCCCACCUCUACCUCGAAGAAUACACCCGCACCCGCAUCGACGUGCUCGACCCCAAAUGCUCCGCCCUCAACAUCCCCGCCCGCUCCUACACCACGCACAACAGUAGCGGUCGUUCGCAUGUUACUCUACGCUUGGAAAGCCUCGACCCAGCCGAAAAACUCUUCGGCAUGGGCCAGUACCAACAACCUUUGUUUAACCUUAAGGGCGCCGACCUCGAGCUAGCACAGCGCAACAGCCAGGCUUCGGUCCCCUUUCUGCUAUCCUCGCGCGGGUACGGGUUCCUCUGGAAUAACCCCUCCGUCGGUCGGGCGGUGCUAGGCACAAACGUGACAAGUUUCGAGGCGUACGAUUCCCCCGCCGCCGGCGGGUUAGAUUACUGGGUUAUCGCGGGGGACACACCCGCUGCCAUCGUGGAAGGGUACGCCGGGGUAACGGGCACGGUGCCGCGGAUGCCGGAGUUUGGGCUCGGGUUUUGGCAGUGCAAGUUGCGGUAUCAGACGCAGGAGGAGGUGUUGGGGGUUGCGCGGGAGUAUGUGCGGAGGGGGCUGAAGGUGGAUGUGAUGGUGGUGGAUUAUUUUCAUUGGGCGUUGCAGGGGGAGUGGGCGUUUGAUGAGACGUAUUGGCCGGAUCCGAGGGGGAUGGUGGAGGAGUUGAGGGGGAUGGGGAUGGAGGUGAUGGUGUCGGUUUGGCCGACGGUGGAUAAGAGGGCGGAGGGGUAUGGGGAGAUGGUGGAGGGGGGGUUGUUGGUGCGGGUGGAGAAGGGGGUCAGGGUGGUGAUGGAUUUUCAGGGGCAGACGGUGCAUUUUGAUGCGACGAACCCCAGGGCGAGGGAGUAUGUGUGGGGAAAGGCGAAGAGGAAUUAUUAUGAUUUGGGGAUAAGGGUGUUUUGGUUGGAUGAGGCUGAGCCGGAGUAUGAUGCGUACGACUUUGAGAACUAUCGGUACUAUGCUGGGUCGAAUCUCAGUAUUGGGAAUAUCUACCCGCGCGAGUACUCCCGCGGGUUUUACGAGGGCUUGAAGGCCCAAGGCCACGACGAUGUGGUUAAUCUCGUGCGGUGUGCCUGGGCGGGCAGUCAACGGUAUGGAGCAUUGGUCUGGAGCGGGGACGUCGCGUCGUCGUGGUCCAGUUUCCGCAACCAGCUCGCCGCGGGUCUGCACAUGGGCAUCGCGGGCUUGCCGUGGUGGACUACGGAUAUCGGUGGGUUCCACGGAGGCAACCCGGACGACCCGGCCUUCCGCGAGUUGUUUGUCCGUUGGUUCCAAUGGGGUGCUUUCUGUCCUGUGUUCCGUUUACACGGCGACCGCGAGCCGAAGCAGCCGCAGCACGGGACGACGGGGGGCGCGACUUGUCUCAGUGGUGCGCCGAACGAGGUGUGGUCGUAUGGGGAAGAGGUGUAUGAGAUAUGUGUUGAGUAUAUGAAGCUGCGCGAGGGACUGAGGGACUACCUUCGUGGCUUGAUGGACCAGGCGCAUGAGAAGGGCACGCCGGUCAUGAGGCCGCUGUUUUACGAGUUCCCGGAGGACAAGCGGUGCUGGGAGAUUGGCGAGCAGUACAUGUUUGGGUCUGACUAUAUGGUUUGUCCGGUUUUGCGCCCGGGCGUGACACGGUUGACGGUGUAUUUUCCGGCCGGGGCCAAGUGGACAUGGAAUGACAUCUCUUAUGUAGGUGGAACGACGGCCGAGGUAGACGCUCCGCUCGAGCGAAUGCCGGUGUUUUCCAGGUAUUAG